AACCUGCUGCCUAUUCAUUUCAUUGGGUGACCUCCUAGUUCUUCUGAGGGGGAGUAAAUAAUACAUUUACUUUCUCCCCACUACUCAUGAUUUUACUCUACCGUAUCCCCUCUUAGUCAUCUCUUUCCCAAGCUGAAAAGUCCCAGUCUUAUUUACUCUCCUCAUUGUGCUAUAAGCACAGCCCACUCCUGCAAGAUGCUGAGCACCUAGAACUCACAACAGAGCCAAUGGGAAGUCAGGGUACUCGGAAGCUCAUAACCAGUAAUUGCAACAUCAUGGGGGUUAGUACAUCCCUGGGUUUUCAAGAGAAUUCCAACAAGGCAGAAGGGUCUCAGCAAUGAGUGAACCAAGCUUCCUGGCAUAGAGGGGAUCAGAACCCAGGCUGCUGGCCUCAAACAGGAGGGACAACGGAGGAAUUAAGCACUAAAGGCUGUAAAUUAGCACUUCAGGCCUCUUCAAAGGCUCCUCAAACAGCCAUGGCCAUCCAAGGAAAGCCACAUACUCUUCUGAUUGCAAGGAGCACCUAUGGUGUGGCCCCAUCUUGUCAACAUCCCGCUGCCACCUGAGGAUACUCUCCUGGGGAGGCCUCUCCUCACUCUGCUGAUUGUAGCAUUACGAUUAUACCUGUACAUCCGAUGGCGUAAGCCCCAGCGAACCAGGGGUUUGCACACUCACGUGUCGAGAGGGGCUUCGUCUCUUCUCGACUCAGUGACUUUGCGGUCCUGGACCACAAGCUCUUUGAGAUGGCACCCACUUCGCGCUUUGUUGCGAUUUGGGUUGGGAGUGAGGAGGCCCCAAGGGAAAGAUGAAUUAGAUGUGAUUUGGCAAGAUCACCUUGAUAGGAUUCAGUGCCUGAAAAAAGCCCUGGGACUGGAUGCUCAAAAAUGUCCUCUGUGCCUCUCUCCCAUCCACCCAAGCUGUCUGCUGCUCCUGUCUAGGCCCUGCCAUCACUUUCCCCACUCCCUCCUCCCAGGUUCCAAGCACCUUCUCUUCUACCAGCUACCCUUCCCCAUAUCCAGGGUGAGAUUCUGGCUCAGAUCCUCAAAGGUAUUUAGCUGCCUAAAUCCCAUUGAUUUCAAUAGGAGUUAUGUGCUUAACCAACUUCAAGGAUCUAGGCCUCUGUCCCCAUCAGAUACUGAAUCGGAUACCCAUACACAUACCCAGUUAUGCCCCAGGAUCCAGUCAUUUUGCCCAACUACAAAGGUAGCAAUGAAAUCCAGUUCCAUCCCCCCUUCCCAGCCCCUCCGCUGUGGAUUUUUUUUCCAACACAUGAGCACCCAAAAUGCUGCUGGCUCAUGCCUGCCUUUGCUUCCCCUUCAUAAACAGCACCUUACAAUGCACCAGGGUGACCAGAUGUCCCGAUUUUACAGGGACAGUCCCACUAUUUGGGACUUUUUCUUAUAUAGAUGCCUAUUGCCCCCCACCCCCGUCCCGAUUUUUCACACUUGCUGUCUGGUCACCCUACAGUGCGUUCUCUGGGAGCUGCUGGAAUCGUAACAGGCAAGGUGAGCGGCUAAAAUUGCCCAUCCCAGCCUGGUCUAUCGAAUCAGGCGCCUCGUGAUGUCCCAGGCUCGCAGUGAGCUGGAAGGGCUCACCUUAACCCUAGGUCAAGCACAAACUGACCAGGAUCACUGCUGCCUGAGCUCCACCCUCCUCCCCAAGUCACAGUGUUAGAGCAGAAGAGGAGCUCUCAGGGCUCCUCAUGCCUAACAAGCCAGUUUGCCCAGCCAGGUGCUGUAAUAGCACCAGACACAGCCAAGCCCCCCCCCCCCCCUUGUUGUUCCAAAGCAGGAAGGAAUAAAGCCUGGUGACUCCACCUCCUCAAAAGCAGGAAUCAGCUGCUGUUUGCCUACAUGCAGCUCCUGUGGGAGGGGAGAAAGCAAACAUUCCUAUCCGCGUGCAGGAACACGCCUGGGGGCUGCAGUAGGAAUGAGACUGCAGCUAGCUGGGGACCCACGAGAACCCUCCGUGCAUGGGGUGUUGCAGCAUCUUCCUCUCGCCUCAGGCACUUCGACACCACCGCAAUGGGCCCACCAGAACCACUUCAAUUUCCCUUCACACAGCCCCUGUGUGCGUGAGAAUCUUCUCGGACUCUGCUUGCAGAAAGGAGGCUGUGAGAGGCCACAAGGGAGCAGGGCUGCGGGAAGGGAAAAGGAAGUGAAGCCAGGCCAAUUGUGGUAGGGCUGGAAUGAGACACCAGCCAUUAUGCUUGGGGCUUUCAUAGCUUCCCUGUGCUUAAAUGAAAACCUCGGGCUGGUUUGACACCACCGCGGUGAAGUGGAAGCCACACUAACAGAAGCCCAGCUCAGAGAGGCCCAUCAGAGCUUCCUUGUAAUUAGUGCAACAAAGCCGUGAUCACCUAGGACUUUAUGACAGCCAUGCAGAGUGUCACAGGGAGAGAACACAGCUUCCCACUGCAAAAGCCAGAAGCCCUUACCACUUAGGAGAAUCGCUGUUAGCAGUACAAGGCCCAUGACACAUGGUUGGGCAGGGCUGACUCCAUCCAGCAGUGCCUAGACACCAACCAGUGUGUUAUUCUUUAUUCUUGAGCAACCCUUUCAUGCUGAAUUUGCAAACCAAAACAAAUUUGAAGCGUAGUUAGCUACAAGGAUUCCGUUGCCAGAGGAAAAUUAGGCGCAACCCUGAUCCACCUUUUGCUUUCUUACCAUGUGUGUGAUCUCAGUCAUGAAGCCCUGUUUCUGGCCUCUCUCCUUCCUAGACACUUGAGAGCUGAUAAACCCAAUCUCUCUUCCCAGCUAAAGGCUUUUGAUAACAGCUGAGCAGCAACAGAAAAUGGGCGAGCCUCACCCUUCAGAUUCCAGGUAAAAGGGUCUAAUCCGAAGCCCACUGAUUUCUACGCACCCUACUUUCCAUUAACCCCUCUAUUUUAAGGUCUGACUACAAACCACCUAAUGCUGGAGCUAAGGCAUCAAAACCCCCUGCUGCUCCAGUUCAACAGAAUCACCACUUACAUUGUCAUCCACUGCAUAGGUGUUGAUGAAAUGAGCCAGGAUGUUACAGCACCACAAGAAGACCACGUCUCCCAGGAUGUGAGGGACUAAACCACUGAAAGAAUAAGAACAUGAACAUAAGGCAGAGAAAGUCUCCUGGGCAACUAGGAUGGGAGAGAACACCGCAGAAGGGCUUUGGAAACUGGGUUUGUUCUUGAUUGUAUAUUUAAGUCAUGUAUUACUGAUUAAAUAUGCCAAACUGACAGCCCUGAAAACAGAAAUCCUGCUUAUUCAGGUACAACUCAGGUAGUGGCAAUGAAAGCUUUCCCCUGCCUCUCCCUCACUAACCCACAAAAAUGGGCCUCAACCCUGACCAGCCACGGACAUCUCUACAAGGGAUGAAGAAUUCAUUCUUCACACAUAUUUGGUCCUUGAUCUCCCUGAGCGCGACAACAAGGCUGCUCAUCAGUACCAGCUGCGGUGGCUGGUUCUCAAACCUGGGUUCUCUGCAUUGCAGAAGAGGUUUUGUUUACAGCAGUAUAACUUACACCCGAUAGUCAUCCCAUAAUAAACAAACACUUUUGGCAGCGAAGACAAAGCCCUUGACACCUUCACCCUAGGAAUGAACUCAAACUGCAGGGAGACGGACUGAGAUGAUCUAACAGACAUUAGAAUUGGAGGCCCUUCCCAUAGCUAUGAACUGGACUAAAAACUACCAAGUCAUCUCAGCCCACUAAACAGCUGCUGAGCAAUGCCUUUUGGCCACUACCAACCUAUGGUGGAUCUGAAUAAGUGAUCUAUAAGUAAAAGGCUUCAAAUCCCAUGAUCAGCCCAUCCCCCUUGUUCUUCCUGAAGCACCAUUUCAUUGGUUAAUCUCUAUUUUGAAGUCUCAACAAGAUUCUUUGCUUGAUAAUUUCCUGUUGGUAAGUUUGUUUCUGCCUGCAUUUCCUCAGCCUUUUCACAAGGCCCUCUUAGAAGGUGGGAAAAACUAUUUCCUCUUCAGAUUUUUCUGUCCCUUUUACCAUUUGGGGAACUACUUUCCUGCCACUAGCACCAUUUUAAGAUGAACAGUUUGCAGCCCUUUUUAGCUACAGAGGUUCAUUAAAGGCUCUUUUGAAAAUGGGUACAGCCAGUUUUGCUCAGCGUAGGGGCACCACCAUUGAAGUUCUGCUACUUUGAAGCCCCAUAACAGAACGUUCCCUACACAGUCUGGGGCACGGCCAGCCAGUCCUGCAUGGACCGUGCAGCUGGAAGCAUUCCA